CUUCACAGAAACUGAUUAUGUGGACCAGUACAUGCUUAUUCAUUAUGAGUGACACAUGUCCAAGGCAUAAUAAACCUGGAAGUGGAUUUACUCUACGGAGAAUGGAGACUUCAUCUGCAAGCGGUGAGCCAGUAAGCAUGAGGAGAGCGGCAUAAAAGAGCAGCAGCCACAGAGCCUCGGGGAAGAGAGUGCCUACACCCAGAGUAGCAACUAAAAGAACGUGUGUUGUACAAUUGUGUAUCGAACAGAAAGUGUGUAAUUAAAGAAUCUUACCUUGAAGCCGACGCUGGUUCCCGUGUCUUCCUUAGUGGAAAGCUUCACACUGGUGCCGAAACCCGGGAGUUAGCUGGAAAAAAAAAAUUUCUGCAAAUUAUGGAACAGAGUCGCCCCAUAGAGUCCUCCCAGCUGGCGGAAGUCCUCCAGUCCCUCGCUACUCUCCAUCAGAGCCACCAACAGUCUCUGCUUGAGCUCCGACAGGACCAGGAUCGUCGGUUCUUUGAGAUAAUGCGGGCUCAAGCAGAGGACCAGCUUGCUAUCCGGAGCCUCCUCAGCCAGGAGGCCGCUCCAGACGCAGCCGCGACCCCGGACACCCACGCCACACUGCCCCCACCUGCGCUACAGAAGAUGGGGCCGGCAGAUGAUCCGGAGGCGUUCCUGGACCUCUUUGAGCGCACGGCGGAAAUUUGGGGUUGGCCGCGCGACCAGUGGGCAGCCCGCCUCGUCCCUCUCUUUUCCGGGGAAGCACAGCUCACGGCACAACAACUUCCGGCAACAAGCCUCCUGGCUUAUACCGUCUUGAGGAGAGCCAUCCUGCAACGGGUUGGUCGGAGCCCGGAAGAAAGUCGCCAGCUCUUCCGGGCCUUGAAACUGGAUAAGUCCGACCGCCCGUUUGCGUUCGCCCAGCGGCUCCGUGAUGCCUGUCGGAGGUGGCUGCUUGCGGGGGACCGUGACGUCGAGGAGCUCGUCGAUCAGGUGGUACUGGAGCAGUUUGCCCCGGAGAACAGCGGAGUGGGUCCAGUGCCACCGCCCGGCGUCGCUGGAGGAAGCCGUACGACUCGCGGAGGACCACAUGGCGCCGAUUCCAAAGGCGGAUGAGCCCUCUCUCUCUCUCUCCCCUUCCCCUGUGUCUUCCCCUGUUUUUCUCCCCUCUUCCCUCUCGCUCUGCUCUCUCCCCAGGGUCCGUUCCUGCCCCCCGCAGGCGCGGAGGAUUCAUGAGACCAACUUCCCGGCCUUGGGAGAACCCGCCUACCCCUUCCCCGUCCUUCAGCCACUCUCCUCCUCAGGUGGGGGCGCCCACCAGCACGGGUGCGGCCGUGGCACCUGGGCCGGUCUGCUGGAGGUGCGGAGACCCGGACCACUUCCGGGAUCAGUGUCCGCUGAUGGAAAUAGGGACGGUGGUGCGGGUCUCCGAUGUCCCGCAGGCUGCCCCCGAUCGGGCUGGAGCGUACCGUAUUCCGCAGUGGAAGAUUGUCUGGAAGCUAUGAUGGACAAUCAGCCCCACCUUACCCCUUCCCUGCAGGCUUUCUUCAACAUGAUGCUCCAAAAUGCAACAGAAGACAUUGAUGAUAAAGAUGGCAUCCGAUUUCGCACUGAUGGCAACUUCUUCAAUUUAAGAAGCUUGCCAGCUCUUUGGUCUUGAGGUCAGCCUAAAGAAAACUGAGGUACUUCACCAGCCAGCAUCUAAGGAAGGGUACCGGCCACCAAGCAACUUCAUUGACCAGACAGAGCUGAAAGUAGUUCACCAGUUCAUCUGCCUAGGUUGUGUGAUCUCCUCUGAUGCCAAGAUCGACAAAGAAAUAGACAACAGACUGGCCAAGGCAAACAGUACCUUCGGCAAACAAGUGUGGUACAAUGCCCGUCUCAAUAGAUUUAUGAAGAUCAGCGUCUACAGAGCUGUCUUACCGACCACCCUCCUAUAUGGUGAGAAUCCUGGGUCACCUACAGCCGCCACCUCCUGCUGCUGACCGUGAAAGAUGGUGAUGUACAGUCCACCGGGGCACUGCUACUUAUGAACAAAACAGAUGGGCCAGCUUGCAGGAAAAAAGAUGGUGAAGACAAGGCCGUGAACCAUCAGCAGCACCCACCACACCACAGACAUUCCCCUGCAGUUUCUGUAGAUGGACGUGCUUGCCACGUAUUGGCAGAGGUGUACAAAGUAUACAACUUCAUUACUUGAGUGAAAGUACAGAUACUGUUGGUAAAAUAUUACUCCAUUACAAGACAGAUUUUUACUUAAGUAAAAGUACAGAUGUACUUGGUUUUAAAAGUACUUAAGUAUCAAAAGUAAAUUUCCUUUUUAUGUCUUUAUUGUUUUUAUUAUUGUUGCAUAGUUGUAUGUAAUACUUACAAUACCUUAUGCCUCUGAUGCAACCUACUGAAUACACUGACUAGCAUGUAGUAUCUGUGGAAUAAAGAGCUUUUAGAAUGUUACAAAACCU